AUGUUGGGGUUACUCUAUACAAGUAGGAAAAAACUUUACAGGCCAUCUUUUGAGCAGAAUUCAAGCACUGAACCAGAUCGAUUAUUUACGCGUAUCAAAAUGGAAUACCGAGGGCAUGAUCAGAAAGUAUUGAAGUCAUACACGACGUUUUUAAAAGCAGUAUGUAAACAUUUGGAACUCGAUGUGGUUUCUGUGAUGGUAUUUCCUUAUGCAUGGUGGAUUCAGAAUACCUUAAGAGCUAAAUUUGCAAAAAAAAAGAACCAACUACAUUAUGAAACAAGAACGCACAUUCGUCAAUUUACAAUACAAAAUAUUACAGGCAGUACAGCAAGCACAUUUUUGGAAUAUAUUCAGCGAAAUAUACCAGAAGGCAUUGCCAUGAAAGUGACUUAUGAUGAAUUAGCUGCAUUACCUCCAACUAUUCAAAGUAAAAUACAUUCGCUGCAGCCAAGCGAUAAUAGUAUUCCAACAAAAACUGCGAACGCAACUGAGAAAGAAAAAUUUGCAAUUCAAGAGAAAGGAGAUUUAUGA